AUGAAGUUAGUUCCGGAGAAAGGUUUUGAAAAGCUGUCCACUGGCAAUUUGCCAACUCUGGAUUAUGAAAUGCUCGAGGAUUUUAUGCGUUUGAGUUUGUGCAAAAGUGUCGAAACUCGUGGUGUCAAAGCGAGCAGAGCAACACGGGCUAAUUAUGGUGAUGAAGCCGUGGGUUGGGCCCAAAUCCAUCGGACCGAUGAUGGAAUUUGUACUGUGAAAGCAAAAAUGUGUCACGAGCACAAAAUUCGAGAUAAAGGUUAUGCUGUUAGUGUAAUAAUUGAUGAAAACAAUUUGAAAAUUCUAGAAGCAAAAUGUCACGACUGUGCUGCUUCGAAAGGGGGAUGUAAACACGCAAAUGCAUUCGUCACUUGGUUGCAUCGAAGGUCAGAAGAAGAGUCUCCGACGGAAGUGGAAUGCUACUGGAGAAAAUCUCGAUUGUCUUCAGUCGGCUCAAACACAAAAUAUAUGACACUCGAUGCAAUCGCUCAGGAAUGUAAGAGGACAACCCGUCUAGGGAAUAAAACUCCCCAGCCUUCAACCAGUGGAAGCAUCAUAGGGCCAUCUUCCACGGAAUUUUUGGAAAAAGUAUUGAGGCGAGGCAUUGAUGAGAAACAAGAUAAUCAUCUUGUCCAGUUCUUCAAGGAACGAGAUUCAUGGGAGAAAACCUCCAUGCAUUACUUGGGAUGGAGCUACGAUGGUGAUAGGAGCAACAGCCAGGACUUUUAUGAAUUUUGUAAGAAUAGUUACACUUAUGAAGACUGUCAACACAUUGCCAACGUCAUUAAAGACCAGAGUGAAUCUCCAUUGUGGUAUGAGACACGCUACGGUCGUAUCACUACAUCAAUUAUCGAUCAGAGUGCUCAUUGUCGUACGAUAGGAGGAUCCCUCUUCAAAAGCAUCAUGGGGGCAACAAUAAUCGAUACUUUUGCCAUGGCAAGGGGAAGACACUUGGAAGGUCAAGUAAUCGAGGCGGUUGAAGACCUCAUCGAUGAGAAAAUUUUGAGAACUGGUUUGCUGUUGUCACCAACAUACCCAUGGUUCGGAGCUUCUCCUGACGGCGUAACGAGGACAUCAGUGAUAGAAGUCAAGUGUCCAUCGAAAAGUGAAACUGUUUCCAAUUAUUACUGCAACGGAGAGAUACACCGAAAAUUCAAAGCACAGAUGCAACUGCAGAUGCUUUUUUUCUGGUAA